AUGUUGUCCGCCAACAUGAAAGCAGCUGUUUUGUCCAGUAUUGGAGGCCCGGAAGGCUUCAAAUGUUUGGACGACAUACCGAUUCCAGAGCUACAAGAAGGCACAGUCAUAGUCAAAAACAAAAUUUCCAGCAUUAAUUAUGCUGAUGUUUAUUUCCGUACUGGGAUUUACCCAAGUGCUGGGAAUACGGACCUCAUUCUAGGCCAAGAAGCAGCUGGGGUUAUUGUGGCCGCCCCUGUCGACGAACCUCUCGGUCUCAAGAAAGGUGACCGGGUAGUUUGGAUUGCUCAAGGCGCAUAUGCACAGUAUACGCGCGUUCCGACAUCCCAAAUUAUCAAGAUUCCACAGGGAGUCGAAGAUGAAGAUGCAGCUGGUGCUUUCUUGGCUGGAAUGACCGCGCUGACUCUCAUCAGCGAAGCUUUCCCAGCCAAAGCCGGGGAUUGGGCUCUUGUUCAUGCAGCAGCGGGAGGCGUUGGAUUGCUUCUCUGUCAAGCGCUCAAGGACAUGGGUGCCGUGGUGAUCGGAACUGCCGGUGGUCCGGAAAAGUGCCAACUGGCGCUUCAGAAUGGAGCGUCUCAUGUCAUUGAUUAUCGGGCGGAGAAAGAAUGGCCAAAGAAGGUUCUCGAGCUGACGGGUGGUCGCGGCGUCGAUGUUGCCUACGAUGGCGUUGGUAAAGACACCUGGGAAGGUACGAUUCAAACUAUCGGGCUUUUUGGAACGGCUGUCUUUAUCGGGAAUGCAAGUGGCGCUGUGCCUCCAAUCGGUCUUGAGAAAUUGACCGCGAAAAACAUUUCUCUUAUUAGGCCAACUCUGCGAAACUACAUCUCCACGAGAUAUCGGUUGGAGAGAUAUGGAAAUAAGGCCCUUGAAAUGGUCCAGCAGGGGAAGUGGAAGAUUCUCAAACAUGACCGCUAUUAUUCACUUGAAGAAGUUGAACAAGCCCAUCGGGAUCUGGAGAACCGAGCUACAAAGGGGAAGCUUUUGAUUAGACUAUAG